UCUCGUCUGAGCAAACUUGACAGAACAGAACCGUCCUGAGUUGUCGUCAAUCUUAAGGAAAACGACUCAUAGAUCUCUUAAUCUCUCUGUCUCUCUCUCUGUUAUCUCGGUGAAAGUUAGGGCUUUUCCACCGUUCCUUGUGGUUAAUUAUCAAGAGGAAGAAAAGUGGAGAUCGGGAAUCGUGAAACUGGGAAACUGAGAAGUCAAAAAGGUAAAUGCGAUUGAAGAGUGAGUUGCAGAGUUCCAAUGUCUUGGGCUGCUCCUGAUGAUAUCUUCUUCUCCACUUCUCUUGCCGCAUACUUAGACAAGAAACUUCUUGUCUUGCUUCGUGAUGGUCGGAAGCUGAUGGGUCUACUUCGUUCCUUUGAUCAAUUCGCUAAUGCUGUCUUAGAAGAAGCUUAUGAAAGAGUCAUCGUGGGUGAUCUCUACUGUGAUAUUCCCUUGGGUCUAUACAUAAUCCGUGGAGAGAAUGUUGUCUUGAUUGGUGAACUUGACGUUGAAAAGGAAGAGCUUCCUGCCCAAAUGGUUCAAGUUUCAGAGGCAGAGAUCAAAAGGGCUCAGAAAGCAGAGAAGGAAGAAAUGCUUUUAAAGGGUACGAUGCGGAAAAGAAUGGAGUUCCUUGAUCUCGAUUAGAAGGCAUUUUACCUAUGUCUUGCUGCAUGGUAGAAACUAGAAAACCUGAAGAUGGAGCAUACAUAAGUUUCUGAAUUUAUUAGUCAUUAUGUUAGUUAUAGCGUGUAUGUGUGUGCAAAUGACACUGAUGAAUCUUCUCAAGUCUAUAACUUUAGAAUUCUGUAGACCCUCUGCUCUGUUUUUGGAAUGAAAUCUGUUUA